CACACAACGGACAAGAAAUAGUUUAUUAGAUUCUCUUAACAAAUGUAGGACAUGUCUUCUAUAAAAGAAUUCUUUAAAUAAGAAAAUGUGAUGUCGUAAAUAAUAAUAAAAGACCAACUUUAGGCAAUACGGAAAACGUGAAACUAUAAUCAAACUUUUAAUUAGGACUUUUCUAUAAUUAUGUCUUCCAAACGGAAAUCUACAUCACCUUCAAAGGAAAGUGCUUCAAAAAUAUUGAAAGAUGCAUGCAGCAAAAAUAUUUUAAGUAACCAAUUCAAUUCCCCUACCUGCAUCAAAAAUUGCAAAAAAGCUUGGGAGGAUAACAACUGUUAUUCCUUUACUGAUGAGUCAUCAUGUGUUGAGGUCUGUCACAAACCUUUCCGACAUUGUGUUGUACCAAACUUUCUGAAGGAUCAGGAAACUGUUGAAGGAUUACAAGAUGAAUUGUUAGAUCUUGAAUUCUCUGAGAAAAAUAAUGACCUCUACAAAUUUCACCAGAGCACUGAAGAUCUGAAAACUGCAAAAACUGAAAAUAUAAUGUCCUUCAGGAAAAUGUUAUGUGACACAUUUAGAGACUGGUUGAUACAGGUGACUGGUAUAACACUGAAUGAAACAAUAGAUGCAUUUUGUGCUCAAUAUGUACAUACAGAUACCUUGUUAUGUCAUGAUGAUGAGCUUGAGGGGCGGAGAAUAGCGUACAUUUAUUAUCUGGUCGAUUCUUGGUCACAGGAAGAUGGUGGAUGUUUGGAUCUCUUUAAUGUUGAUGAAAAUAUACAGCCAAAUGAAGUGGUGAAAUCUAUUCUACCAGUGAGAAAUAAUUUUGUAUUUUUUGAAGUGACACCUGGCUCCUAUCACCAGGUAAGAUUAUGUAAUGAUUAUAAUUAUACAUUUAUAAGACCCGUCUUAUUAGAAAACCCCCCCAACUUAUCAUAUGGCUCUAUAGAUGAUGAUAUAUUCUUUGACUGGAUAAACCCAGUAUAUCUGAGUGUUGGUGCUCAGGGCAGUAUUCAAGAGAAAUUUGAAAAUGAAUCUGAAAUUGAAUUACAAGAUUUUCUUCAGAAAGACAAGUAUGAAGCUCUUUUAGAGGCUUUGAAAUCUUCCAAAAUGUGCUGGAAAAAAGUAGGACCAUCUAACAAAAGGUGCUACAAUCAGGCAGACGACACUAGAUUACCAGACAUUGUUCAGACAUGUAUCGAUCUGUUCAAAUCAGAUGCCAUGUUUCUAUUGUUGUCAAAUAUGUCCGGCCUUAAACUGCAUGAGUUGGCUGGAGGCAGUUCUGAAUCCGAGUCUGAAGUAGAAAAUGAGGAAUCUAAUCCUGAAUCACAGGGGUCUUCAUCUGCAAAAUCAAGAACAAAGACAACAGAAACAGAAGAGGAUAAUGGGGAUACUUCCACCAGUAAUAGUGCUAGCAAUACAAAAGAUAAAGACACAUCCUGUACUGCCAAGUGCCGGGCUGAAGUAAGACACUGGAAUCAUAAAUGUUAUACCCUGGUACAUGACACUGACACCGAGGGGUCACAGUUUGCUCUUGAUGUUAUGUUUUAUCUGGGUUGUCAAGACUGGGAAAUGGAUUAUGGAGGAUUUACAUCUUAUAUUGCCAAAGGUGAAGAUGAGGAGCUAUUGACAGUGACACCACAACAGAAUUCUCUUGCCUUGGUGUACAGAGACCAGGAAACAUUACGAUUUGUGAAAUAUCUCAACACAGACGUGAAUAAAAUGCCAGAGAAAGGAUUUUAUGAUAUAUCUGCUGUAUACUAUGAAUAAAACUGAUUUUAUAUAAAAUC